AUGGUCGCCCUCUCGGCCCUCGGUGCGCUCCUUCUCGCUGCCAACCUCACGUCCUUCGACCCAACCACCGACCGUUCCAGUGCCAAAGACAUGGAGAACAUGACCUACGCCGUCCGCGCCGACAUGUCGGGCGGUCGAUUUGCGUCUGCCAAGCCCGUCGUCAACGUCACGUUCCCCGUCGCCGACCCCGCGUCAACCGUAUUCGUGUCGUUCGACAGUGUGUCGAAAGCGGUGGACGCUGUCAAGCCUCCCAAGGCCACGGCAAACUUUGUUUACGCACUCGUCUUCAGCUACACCGGCGGAUCGCGCGUCUGCGAUGUCAUGGUGGGCAGUGCCUCCAAGCUCAAUGCGUCGGUCGAGCUCCAGUACUCUGACGGGGUAUCGACGAUCCAUAACUACCAGACGAAGCCCGAUGUUCCAUUGUCGAGCCGGGCAGCGCUCCAAUCGCACGAGUUCAGCCAGGUGGUCGCCCGCGUUCACGAUGGUUGCUUGGAUUUUGUGGCGCUGAAGUGCAAUUUGGAAGAAAAUACGGACACCGUCUCGUUCCGCCUCGGCUUUACGCGACGAGAGUACGUGAGCCUGCACCCGUCCUCGACCAUGGAGCAGUGCGGCGACUCGGUGUACCCCAGCAAGAUUGACCCGGACGUCAACGUUGCGUUCACCGUGCCCAAUGGAGCGUGGGAACGGCAAGCGAUCGCGGACGACGACAAGCUCUUUUUCACGUACACAGAGCCACUUUGGAGAACGACGCGUCCGGCAACAACAACGACCAACCCCACAAGUACCACGCAGCAACCAGCGACGGCAACGCCUACUCCGUCGGCCGCUUCAACCUUGGCGCUCUCCAUGGGUGUAGUCGCGUCUCUCUUGUUCUAUAUUGUCUAAUACAUGUCGAGCG